AUUCCACCUAUAGACAUGUACACUUUACAGAAAUUAUAUCAUAUGACUCCCUAUUCCUCUUCAGUGCACUUAUUCUGGGGACGAGGUAGCGAUCAGAUGAAAUUGGCAAUAUACGGAGGAACGCUGUCGUUGUAAAGUCAACAUAAGCGCAGAAAAAAAAAGAAAUGGAGCACGAAUACCCAGAAGGCGAGGAGUACUACGUGUAUGAUUAUGAUUAUAUGGAGAACUAUACAGGUUAUGGAUCCCUUGAAUACUAUUCCGAAUACUAUCCACAUAAAUACAAAGUGAAAGCAGACUGGGAGAUACCAAUCCGAGGAUAUUUAACUUUCUUCAUCGCUACUACUACACUAAUUAGCAAUGUAUUGCUGAUAUCUGUUUUUAUCUUUAGAAGCAAAAGAUCUCCAACGACCAUUGUUCUGACGUCAUUAGCAGUGUCAGACUCUAUCAUUUGUAUAACGCGAUUACCAGAAGCGAUUUAUUUCAACAUGGCUGGAAAUCACAAAGAUCUUUAUAUGCCAUACAGUUGGUGUGUUGCAAACCAUGUUUUGUAUGUGAUUUACAACAUCUUCCGCAUGACUUCCAACUGGCUUACGGCAUUGCUUGGCUUGCAACGUCUUCUUGCGGUUUGCAUGCCUUUUUAUUACUCAAAAAUAUGCAAUACCAGAAUGUCUAUGAUCAAAAUAGCUUCUAUUGUUAUCAUUGCAGUGCUUGUCUACCUUUAUGAAGCACUAGGUAUUGAUAUCGAAGAACUUCCGAUAUUUACCACGGCAUAUCGUAAUGAAAGUUUACCGUCAGGCUGUAUCAGAGAGAUUUCCAAGUCCUUGAGAAAUACUGUAGUGGACAUAAAGAAGUCUAUGAUGCUUUAUUACAUUUUCUCUGGGUUUCUUACACGUCUCUUGCCGGUGAUUGUUUUGCUCAUAACGACAAUUGCUCUGGCUCUUCUGCUUCACCGACGUAUCACGGCUUUCAGAAACUCCGACUCCUUCAAAAAAGAACAGCUUAAGAGAGUAAACAAACUCGUUAUAAUAAUUCUUAUUGUGUUUCUUGUCGCCGAAAUACAAGAUGGAAUUGCCUUCUUGAUCUAUGCACAUGAACUGGCUACAGACCGGAAAAGAGAGAUUUUGUCCGAGGAGGCUGACAUACUCUGGGACACAAUAUCUACGACAUUGUCUUUACUUAGCUACGCCUGCAACUUCUGGAUAUUCUUCAUGAUGAGCACACAGUUUCGCACUGCCCUCUGGGAUAUGUUCAACUGCAGAAGCAAAAGAGUGCGCGGAAUUGUCAAUCUGGAAAGUACAGAUGGAAGGAGCAACUCUUAUUCCACCAUGACAAGUAAAGAUGAAAGAAGCACUAUCAUUUGAUGUCAUUGUUUCUUUAUGAAAGCUAUGAAGGCAAACAUUUUGUCGGGUUUAAAGAAAACGAAAAUGGGACGCCAGAACGUUUACAUGAACAUUUACUGAACAAAAACCUUGUAAGAUAGCAAUUCAGAAUUACUUUUAGCAACAAUAUUAAUUACAAAAGAACUGUUCAAAUUGCAUAUUUUUCAAUAUUUGAAUGUAAAUAAUAAAUGAUUUUUCAGAUUU